UGGAUUACACUAGCGGUAAUAACUGUGCUUAAAUAAGUUACGAAAUAGUUAAUAAGAUCUGUGAACCGCGGACAGUCAAUUACACAGCAGUACCCAAUGGAGCCUGCGAACCGCUACGCUUCCUGCUUUGUGUCAGUUUAACUCUUCUGUCUCUCGCAAACCCAGUUUGGAAUCCAGCCUCCUGCUUUGCGAUUGGCGGUGACAAAAACUAGUGUGUUCGAGGACUGCUCUGGUUGGUUCCAAGGGGUGCCAAUUAUUAACUGGUUGCUGAUUUGGCUCCCUAGCCUGGUAGAUGUCAAAGGCUGAAGCUGUUCCCUUUGCCACAUUAUAACUAGUAAGGGAUCCACACCAGCCAUGGCCACAGCUGCCUCGAAUCCCUACAGCAUUCUCAGUUCCAACUCUAUGGUUCACGCAGAUUCCUCGGUCAUGCAGCAAGGGAGUCCUUUUAGGAACCAUCAGAAACUUCUCCAAAGUGACUAUCUACAGGGAGUCUCCAGCAAUGGACAUCCUCUUGGGCACCAGUGGGUGACAAGCUUAUCUGAAGGGAGCCCGUGGACGUCGAUAGUGACCAGCCCUUUAGACCAGCAAGACGUUAAACCUGGCAGGGACGAUCUCCAACUGGGGGCUAUCAUCCAUCACAGGUCUCCUCAUGUUGCCCAUCACUCGCCCCAUACAAAUCAUCCAGGUGCGUGGGGAGCAACCGCGGCUCAUAACUCAUCUAUAAACAACGGCGGACAACCUAUCAACAUCUACGCGCAAACAGGGUUCACUGUCAAUGGUAUGUUGGAUCAUGGAGGUCUAACGCCACCUCCAACAUCAGCGCCUAACCAAAACUUGCACCCGGGGCUCAGAGACACCCCGGACCACGGAGAUAUAGGAGCGCAUCACUGUCACGACCAUUCAGACGAAGAGACGCCGACCUCGGAUGAGUUGGAACAGUUCGCGAAACAAUUCAAACAAAGGCGAAUCAAGCUGGGGUUCACGCAGGCAGAUGUUGGGCUUGCACUGGGGACUCUGUACGGCAAUGUCUUCUCCCAGACUACCAUCUGCAGGUUUGAAGCCUUGCAGCUCAGCUUUAAGAACAUGUGCAAACUAAAGCCCUUGUUAAACAAGUGGCUAGAAGAGGCAGACUCAUCCACGGGAAGUCCGAGUAGUAUUGAUAAAAUCGCAGCCCAGGGAAGGAAGAGAAAGAAAAGGACCUCGAUUGAGGUGAGCGUCAAAGGGGUGCUGGAGACCCAUUUUCUCAAAUGUCCCAAACCUGCCGCUUUGGAGAUCACCUCUUUGGCAGACAGCCUACAGUUAGAAAAAGAAGUGGUUCGUGUCUGGUUUUGUAACAGAAGACAAAAAGAGAAAAGAAUGACUCCGCCGGGAGAACAACAGUCGCACGAGGUAUAUUCUCACAGCGUUAACACAGACACCACCUCGUGCCGUGAUCUCUGACCGCAGAACCGGGCUCCAAACCCGCGAGACUCUUUGUGAAGAAUGGAAAUCUAGAGGCUUUUUAAUUGAUGGUUCUUUUUUUUUUCUCUCGUGGUAUAAUGCUGAUAAAUUAAUAGGAGUAUAUUUAAAAAAAAAAAAAAGCCACAAACAUUUUGUUAAGCAUUUUGGCAAUAUCUUUCAGCAAACAAUGUUUCUGUUUGUUUUCAUAAACGGAGCCCGUUUAUUAUAAAAUUAGGUUUGUUUUGUUUUUCUACUACAAGGAUUUAAAUACAGACGUGUGCCUAUUAAUAACCUCACAGCGCCUUGGUUUUCACAACAUAUAUAUCAGGUGAAUCAGUUAUGUUAUGGGUAGUUGUUUCUUUUCUAUUUUUAUACUGCUUUGCUGUAAGUGUAGAAGGUGUUUUACUGUUUUGUCCACACCAGUGAGAAGAAUACGUACAAAAUGUGUUCACUGACUCCUUACUGCAAUCAUAAACACGGACUCUAGAUUUCUGUUCCAUUUUUCACAUUUCUGUAAAUCAUAAUUCCAUACGCCAUGCUGGUUGCACGACCGCAAACAUGGUCUGCGUUUUAUAAUUGAUGUGACGAUUUAAGACGCUUUAAAAAAAGGUUAUCGAUGGGAGUUUACGUUGCAGUGAAACACCUUGGAGCUAGUAUCUAGCUUUAAAGCAUUAUUGAUUCCCGCGUCCGUGCAUUGCAACUAUCAACCACCUGUCCAGGUUUUUCUUGAU